AUGGGAAAAAGCCGUCGCCAGUCAUCGCUGACCAAGUCUAUCCAGGCUGGGUUGUUACGCGACCCAGACCGUUUCAAGAAGACGGCCUGGGGACAUUUUAUUGCAUUUUUCACACUUCACCGAAUCAAAUUAAUUCGAUUUGAGGAAGAGCUGUUUGCUACACUUCGUCGGGAAACCUGGCAGUUUAACGAAAAUGAAUACCAUGCCAGCUUUCGCACGACAAGUGGCCAGCCACCGCUGAAAUCGAUGGGCGAUCUGGGGUAUUCGGGCUCAACAUUCUUCGGUACUCUUGAUGGUCACUAUGUCAUCAAAAGCCUUCCACGCCACUUCGAAUACACUUUCUUCCAGAGCGAUCUGCUCGAGCCAUACAACGACUAUAUGCGCGAACACCCAGAUUCUGUUCUUGUUUGGAUAACAGACUACCUUAUUUCUCCAUAUUUGACCCUUGGCACGAUAUUCGGCUGUACUCCUGCGCACCAUAUCAUCAUGGAGAACAUCCUCUGCGGUCAAUCGGACGAUCCUGCCGGCGAUCGCUGGGAAACUUACGACCUCAAGCCAAUCGACUACUUCUAUCCAGAGCGCGACUUGUUGCCCGCACCACUUGUUAGUGAUGCGACGUUGGACAAGCUAGCAGACACUUUCAAUGACAAGCUACAUCUGUGGAGGAAGGACUACGAAAACUUCAUACAGGCUAUGAAGGAGGAUACAAAGUUUUUGGAAGAUGCAAAUGCAGUCGAUUACUCCCUCUUCCUAGUGCGAAUGCCAGCUAGCUCAAGUCCAGAGGUACUCGGAAGAAAAAGCCCCUGGCGAGCAGGUCUGCCCUCGGCAGACGGUAAGUGGAAAUAUCGGGCUGUGAUACUCGAUUUCUUUUGGGCUCGACAUAAGCUUCAUGCGCAGGCGUUGUCCGGAGUGGUGCAGACGUUCAACGUGGUAGGUCGGAAGGGGCAUAUGUCGAUUACGACCACAGCACCAGAUUAUCGGCAGAAGUUCUUGGCGAUGGUAGCAGAGAUGAUUAAAGUCCAUUGA